UUCAUUCAGAUCUAGGAUGUGUUGCUUAAGUGUUCCCUUUAUUUUUUUGAGCAGUGUAUAUAGAAGCAUGAAACGGAACUACUCUCAUCAAAGCCCUUGAGUAAAUGUGUAUUUAGUUACUUCCCACCAUUAUUUAGUUCUUCAUUGGCACACCCAUAUUGAUACACAGUGAUGCCAAAGCACUGAACAAAUAUUAACAUAUGCUUAAAAUGUAUGCAGAACAUUUUUUCAAACAAUACAUACAAAUGUGUAAUUAUUCGACAAUCAAGAAGCAAAGGUAAAAAGUAAAGUCAUUAAUGUAAGAUAACACAACCAUGAGUCCCAGAAACCAACCAGUAUUUCCAAUUCCUACCCUGCCUAAGGUGUGCUGUAUUUCAAUACAUUUAUGAUAAUAUUAUUAUAGAAAACAAUGUAUAUCAGUCUCAGUCAGCUGAUCCAGUGAAGGUACGCUAUCACCGACUGAUUGAGCUGAAGAAUGUAUGUGAUACCACAGUCUGAAACGAAAGUACAUUUCUGUGAUGGUGUUUAGGUUCUCAAAGGGACAGACAUUUCUGAGGGAAGUGAAGCUCGGAUUCAAUAUCAAAUUUGUCCUUUUUUAAAAAUCAACCGAUUUAAAACUUUACAAAAGCAAUACUGAUUGUUGUUUGAAACCCAUUUGUGUAUAAACUGCCGUCCCAGAUGAGUUCUAGCUGAAACGCGUUUGUUUUUGCCCACAAUGAAAAAGAAGAUGUUGGUGCUUUGUUCCUUUUGGUUUUAAAGUAUUCCCAUUUAACUGAACUGUAACCAUGCACAGCAUUGGAUUUGUUGUUUUUUAGCUGAAUAUUGUCAGUGUAGGGCUGUUUGUCAGACAAAACCAGCAAUUUAAGGACUUAAGAAAUUGUAAAUCUAACCUUUCAGUAUUUCGGGACAUUAAUUAGCCUCAUGGACUCUAAGCACAGACCCGAUGUGAAAGCAACAACAGUAUACGCCACAACGCGCUGAGUCGACAGGACAGCUUCCUCUCUGCAGUUUUUCCUUUGAUCAGCUUUUAUCUCACUCUCGCCUAAUCAUCUCAGCAGCCCACACCUGGGUCGCAGGUCACUGGGGGAAAGGUGAGGCGACCAGGCCGCUGCUUUGACCUGGUGGCUUUUACAAAGCACUCAGUUAGGAAGUCCCAUUUCUAUUCAUGUCCCAUGGAAGCUACAGAUGAACGGGGCUGUGUUCAUGUACAAUACACUAUUGUGGUAUAAGAUAUGCUAUAUAUUUUACUGUGUUGGUAACAGCAAUUACAAAGAUCCCAAACUCAGAGUGAUUGAUCUUCCAGCUUUUACUAUCUCAUUGAUCUUCUCUGUGGAUUAGUACGUUUAUUGAUUGUUUACACCGAGUCAAUCAGGCCGAACAUCUUGCCGUGAGCAGCCAAUCAGAGCCCUCUAUGGAGCAAGUGUGACCUUUGAUUGGAAGAUUAGCUGAGUUGUACCUUGUAACAGAAUCUUUGCUGGGUGUUUUGUCCCAAUGGUUUAUAUAUAUAUAUGUAUAUAUAUAAUAUCUGUGUGUCCACCGUGGAGAGCAGAGCGAGUGGGCCAGUUGCUGUAGCAGCAGCAGUAACAACAGCAUUCCCGCGGUCGCUGUCGGUGGACGUUCAGCUAAAGGAAAGCCACUGUCUCACUAUUACAGGUCCCCUCCUGGCCAGCCUCCCGCCUCACAUACUCCGUCCUACAACACACACUCCUCACCUCACCUCAGGGCCAUCAAACAUACCCAACACACCCACAAUCCUCCACUCCACCCACGUUCACAAACGGGUACACUCUCCACAAACAUACACUCCCCUUGUAUCUCAUCAGCAGCAUCAUGCUGAGCCAGGGCUUCCUGCAGAAGCUCAAGUUGCCAGAUCUGGACGAUGUCAGCGAAUACAUCAGGAAUGUCUCCACCCCGAUGUUGGUCAGCGUGGGGGCCGUGGCUGCUGCGACAACCUACUACCUGGCAACACGGCCCAAGGCCCUCCCACCGGUUUGUGACCUCUGUAUGCAGUCCGUUGAGGUUCCGGGUGGAGAGCUGGCACGCCGAUCAGUUCUGUUGAACGGAGACGCUAACAUGUCACACUUUUACAACGAUGCCAGGACAAUGUAUGAGUUCUUCCUCAGAGGAGUCCGAGUCUCCAAUAACGGUCCCUGUCUGGGCUCCAGGAAACCAAAACAGCCGUACGAUUGGAUGUCCUACAGAGAGGUAAUGGAGCGAACAGAGAAUCUGGGUUCAGCAUUUCUUCACAAAGGACACUCCAAGAACACAGACCCCCACGUUGGCAUCUUCUCUCAGAACAGACCUGAGUGGACAAUCAGUGAGCUGGCAUGUUACACCUAUUCUCUGGUGGCAGUCCCUCUGUACGACACACUGGGAACAGAAGCCAUCGGCUACAUUAUAGACAAAGCCUCCAUCUCGACCAUCGUGUGCGACGUGGUAGAUAAAGCCAACCUGGUGCUGGACUGUGUCCGGGACAGGAAGCACUCUGUGAAAAACAUCGUUCUGAUGGAGACCCCCAGUGUGGACCUGGUCCACAGGGGGCAGCAGGCUGGAAUCCACAUCCUCAGCCUGCAGGAGAUGGAGGCCAUUGGGAAGGCCAACCAUCACCAACCAGUGCCUCCACGACCUGAGGACAUGGCUCUCAUCUGCUUCACCAGUGGAACAACAGGAAACCCAAAGGGAGCUAUGUUGACACAUAGAAAUGUUGUGUCUAACUGCUCAGCCUUCAUCAAAAUAACGGAGGUUUCCUGUCCAUUGUCUCACAGUGACGUCCAUAUUUCCUUCCUGCCCUUGGCUCAUAUGUUUGAGAGAGUAGUCCAGGGAGUGAUGAUAGUGCACGGAGCCAGUAUUGGCUUUUUCCAGGGAGACAUUCGCCUGCUGGCGGAUGACCUGAACACACUGAAACCCACUGUGUUUCCUGUGGUUCCCCGACUGCUCAACAGAAUGUAUGAUAAGAUCUUUGGGCAGGCCAACAGCUCCCUGAAGCACUGGCUGCUGGGAUUCGCCUCCAGGAGGAAGGAGGCAGAGAUGAGGAGAGGCAUCGUGAGGAGAGACAGUAUCUGGGAUCGACUCAUCUUCUGGAAGGUUCAGGCCAGCCUCGGAGGUCGCGUGCGUCUCAUGCUGACGGGAGCUGCUCCCAUCUCCCCUACUGUGCUCACCUUCCUCAGAGCUGCAGUAGGCUGCCAGUUCUAUGAAGGUUAUGGACAAACAGAGUGCACUGCUGGAUGCACCAUGACCAUGCCCGGAGAAUGGAAAGCAGGUCACGUUGGAGCUCCUCUGCCCUGUAACUCACUGAAACUGGUGGACGUGUCCGAGAUGAACUACCUGGCUGUGAACGGGGAGGGAGAGGUGUGUGUGAAGGGCCCUAACGUGUUCCAGGGCUACCUGAAGGACCCCGAGAAGACUGCGGAGGCCAUCGAUGCAGACGGAUGGCUUCACACGGGGGACAUUGGAAAAUGGCUUCCUAACGGCACGCUGCGGAUCGUGGACAGGAAGAAGCACAUCUUCAAGCUGGCACAGGGGGAGUACAUCGCCCCUGAAAAGAUAGAGAACGUGUACAUCAGGUGCGAUGCAGUGGCGCAGGUCUUUGUGCAUGGAGACAGUCUGCAGGCGUGUCUGGUAGCAGUGGUGGUACCUGACCCCAACUUCCUGUCUAGCUGGACCAAGAGGACUCUGGCACUGGACGGCAGCUACCAGGAUCUAUGUGACAGAGCGGAAGUCAAGGCGGCCAUCUUUGAGGACAUGGUGCGAUUGGGCAAGGAAGGAGGCCUCAAGUCCUUUGAGCAGGUGAGGUCCAUCUACAUCCACACCGAGCUGUUCUCAAUCGAGAACGGCCUGCUCACUCCCACGCUAAAGGCCAAGAGGAACGAAAUGCGACAGUACUUCAGAGCCCAGAUGGACGAGCUGUACGCUGGGAUCAAAAUGUAGGAGGAGGCCAUGAAGGAGGAACAGAGACACACGGGCUACCAAAAGUGUUUGUAGGGGAGAGGAAGACGGGAGCACAAGCUGAAGCUCACAGAGGGGACCAAAGGGACCACGUUGAGUCCUCGCGGCCAGUAACACUAGAAACAACAGCAACAGGAGGCGCUGUAGCUUUUAGUGGAACUUGAUUCAGAACACGUAGUACAAAACCAGUGUCCUUUAGGAUCUGUGGCACAGAAUACAAGACCUCUGAAGGUCCAGAGUAGCUUAAAAUACACGUGUCUAUUGAUGAAAUAGUUCUGCCUUUGCUAUGUACAGAACAAAAUUCUGUGAUAACGUGUUGAUUCUAAUCAGCUAUUUUGAGAUAUUUUCAUUCAGGAUGUUUUUAAAAGGGAAAUAUCAAAGUGCAGCUCUGUAGCAUCUCAGGACUUUACUGGUAGGAACCACACACAGUACCUCCUACACGCACACACACACACACACACGCCUUUUCAUUUCAAGCAUAGCAGAUGACUGACCACUGAAACGGGUUCCCAAACAGCUCCACACACUGCAACCUCAACAUGUCAGUGUCUUUCUCAGAUGUCAUGGUUUUUUAUCUUGUUGUGUUUCUGGAGUUUGUUCGGUAGAAAGUUUAAAUCCACAAUGGAUAACGGGACUGUUUCUGGGUCCAAUUAGCACACUGUUAACCAGCAGAGUGAGCCAUAUUAAAGAUAAUCUGAACAAGGCCAGGUGGAAACAGAGAAUUCAGGUACUAAAGAACAUUCAGGACAAAGGGAAACUGUGUGUUUUUAAUUUAUUUAUGGUAACAUGAAGGGAAGAGAUUUGCUAAAGGGAUCAGUUUUCUUAAAUUAUUAUUAUUUGCUGAAGAAGGGUGAAACUAUACAUUUCAAAAUGACACUGUUCACAAUCUAAAUGAAAUCCUUUUGAAUGUUUCAAGUUUUAAUUUGUUGGAAGUACUUUUGAUCUUACUAUAACUGUUUGUUCUGUCAUGUCAGAUUUGUUUUGUAAAGAUUUGAAUUAAAAAAUCUUCAAGAGA